UAUAUUUACAAAAAAGAAGCCGCAAGACAUAUAAACACGAUUAGCAAUGGCUUUGGUUUGCGCACUGACAAACGAAGUCCCCGAGACGCCCGUCGUGUCUCCCCACUCGGGAGCCGUCUUCGAGAAGCGAGUGAUUGAAAAGUAUUUAUUGGAGAAUGGCUGCGAUCCCAUUAGCGGCAAGGAGUUGAAGGCGGAAGAUCUAAUUGAGCUGAAAACGCCCGCGUUGGUGAAACCCAAGCCGCCCAGUGCCACCAGCAUUCCGGCUACUCUGAAAACAAUGCAGGACGAGUGGGACGCCCUAAUGAUUCACUCGUUCACACAGCGCCAACAGCUGCAAACAACGCGACAAGAGCUGUCCCAUGCCCUGUAUCAACAUGAUGCCGCCUGCCGUGUGAUUGCUCGUCUUAACAAGGAAGUGGCCGCUGCUCGGGAGGCUCUGGCCACGCUGAAGCCCCAGGCCGGUGUUAUGAAUGCACCCACGGCGAUUCCUCAGCCGGCCCUGGCCUCUGAAGCUGGCGGUGCCGCUUCACAUCCCAUGGAGCAGGCUGGCAUGAAUGCAGAGGUGAUACAGAAACUCCAGGACAAGGCUACAGUGCUCACGCAGGAGCGCAAGAAACGCGGACGCACCGUUCCUGAGGAUCUGGUCUCACCAGAUCAGGUGAAGAGCUUCCUAACGGUGGCUUCCCAUCCUGGCCUGCAUUCGGCCUCUGUACCCGGCAUUCUGGCCCUAGACAUCAACAGUGCCGACCACAGUAAGAUCCUGACCGGCGGCAAUGACAAGAACGCAACCGUCUUCAACAAGGACACCGAGCAGGUGGUGGCCAUUCUCAAGGGACACACCAAGAAGAUCACCAAAGUAAUCUACCAUCCCAACGAAGACACAGUCAUCACCGGCUCGCCAGACAUGAAUAUUCGCAUCUGGCACGUUCCCACAUCCCAGACGCAGCUACUCCUGCGCUGCCAUGACGGACCGGUGACCGGACUCUCGUUGCACCCCACUGGCGACUACUUGCUCUCCACAUCGUCUGACAAGCACUGGGCCUUCUCCGACAUACGCACUGGACGGCUGCUCACAAAGGUUAUCGACACCGCGGAGGUUGGUCUGACGACGGCCCAGUUCCAUCCUGACGGCUUGAUUUUCGGUACGGGCACUGUCGAUUCCCAAGUCAAGAUCUGGGAUCUGAAGGAGCAGAGCAAUGUGGCAAACUUCCCCGGCCACACUGGUCCCAUUUCGGCCAUCUCCUUCUCCGAGAACGGCUACUACUUGGCCACCGCGGCAGACGACGCCUGUGUCAAGCUGUGGGAUUUGCGCAAGUUAAAGAACUUUAAAACAAUCCAACUGGACGAUGGCUACGAGGUCAAGGAUCUGUGCUUCGACCAGAGCGGCACCUAUCUGGCCAUUGCCGGAACCGAUGUCAGGGUUUACCUAUGCAAGCAGUGGCAGGAUCUGAAGAUAUUCAACGACCACACGGCCCUAGCAACCGGCGUCCGCUUCGGGAAGCAUGCCCAGUACCUCGCCUCCACCAGCAUGGACCGCACACUGAAGUUGUAUGCCAUCGAAUAAGCACUGGCGGCGGCGGCCAGACUAGCAGAUUACCAACUAAGUCCUAAAAUGUACGAGUAUCUAAGCUCUUCUGUGUACUUCAAAGAAAUAAUUCAGUAAAAUAAACCUGACCCUUUUAUCCGAA